AUGCCUCCUCGAAAGAGGCAACGCCCCAAUCCCACUCUACUGAGCUCGCUGAGCUUGCCAACCACAGCUCUGUCGCCUGAGACGUCACUGUCACGAGCGUCAUCUGCCUCGGCGCAGCAAGCUAGCGACCAGAAAAAGCCUCCACAAUCCGAUUCCAACAGCGAACGCAAGUCUUCUGAUGCGUCACAAAGGGUGAAAGAGAUUCGGAAGACCAACAGCUGGUACGCUUCGUGGUCGAAGCCCCAGAAGGCGACGGCCUCGACAUCGGUUGCUCGGGAAAAUAUUCUCGGAGGCACUGUCAAGACGAGGAAUGCGCCCGACUUUUCUCGAUUCGAAGCAAAACGAAGCGAAGACGACGCGAGCAUAGCCGACGACGCCGACCCGGUUCUGCCACCCCCUACAAUAUCGACCAACGCCUCGAAUACCUCAAAUUUAGACAAGAAAUCAGAUGCGAAUAAAAGACGUGCACCAGAGAUGCCCUCAGCUCCAGAUACGAAACCCCCUGCCGAGCAGCAGCCGAAAGCUUCAGACCCUACAACGGCGCAAGAGCAGCAGCCACCUCCAGAGGCUCCCGCCGACAAAGAUGGUCCAGCGACUGAUGCUCCACAGGAGCAGAUCCCUUCGGCUGGGUGGUUCGGCGGCUGGUGGGCUAAGCCCGCGCCGGUUGAGCCCCCUGCAAAAUCUACUCCGGGCCCUGAGGAAAUAAAGGAAGAAGCUGCGAAGCCUGCCGAAACCAUCGAGCCUGCCGAGGCAGCCCCGCCCUCGGAACCAGCGCCUCCUUCUGAGCCUGUGUCACCUGGGAACGUUGCGGAAGCUCCACCAGCGACCUCUUGGUUUGGGUAUUGGUAUUCAACUCCUCAACCCAAAGCAAAAGCAGCUCCAAAAACACAGCCGGAACCAACCAAGGAGCAGCCAGUUCCAAAAGUACAAAUGUCUCCAAAACAAGGAGCGGAUACAAAACCCACGGGGCCACCAGGCGAAACGGCUGUCCCUAAUGAUGAACGCAAGAAAGGGUCGACCGUUUCAGUCUCACGAGCUUCGAGCAAAAAGUCCAAGAUAGACCUCAACGAGGAUUCAAAGGGCAAGGCUGGAGAUGUGCCAGCCAAAGACACCACAGAACCUGAGCCAGAGGCAGCUCAGAGUCCUCCUCCUAAAGCAGGUUCUACUUGGGCCUUUUGGUCAAGAGACUCUCCGAAGAGCAAAGGGAAGACUACCCCACCAGAAUCGGGACGAAUUGCAGUGAUGGGAGAGGGAUCAGAGGUCCAGCCACUGCCUAUAGCAGAAAGAAGAAUCUCUGAAUCCGCGACCAAGGAUUCCAAAGAGGACUCUACACCGCCAGAGCCGCCAGCAGGCAUCUUGUCUUGGCGCAGAAACAGCACAAAGUCAGCUCCCGUCGACCGACUUUCUACUACUCCUCAUUCACAAGUCGGCAGUGAACAAGAGCUGCCUCCCUCAAAGUCACUGGCUAGGACAGAUUCCAAGAAGAAGAUACCCGUGUCCGUAACGAAGAAGCCAUCUACUGAAAGCGAGGUCGCUGUAAAGGAACCACCAAAUGUUCUCCUUCCUUCGUUUUCCAGCACCUAUCAGAUGAAAGAAAACCCCUCGAUCCUUCGACAAAUUACAAAUUUGGUGCUUCGGACUUCGCAACCGCCUCCAAACCACGUUUUUCGAGUCAAAGACCCCCCGAAGAUCCGCAAGGCCGUCGCCAUUGGAGUUCAUGGGUUUUUCCCAGCCUCAUAUUUGCGCCCCAUGAUUGGCCAACCGACUGGUACAUCUUUGCGAUUUGUAGGACUUUGUGCUGAUGCCAUUCGCAAAUGGGCUGAAAGCCAUGGCUGUUCUGAUUGUGAGAUUGAGAAGGUUGCCCUCGAAGGAGAAGGCAGAAUCAACGAUAGAGUGGCAAACCUGUGGAAGCUCCUUCUUAACUGGAUUGAGCAUAUCCGCCAGGCCGAUUUAGUGAUUAUCGCUUGUCACUCUCAGGGAGUGCCAGUCAGCAUCAUGCUGCUGGAGAAGUUGAUUGAUCUUGGUGUCCUGACAGACACUAGAAUCGGUGUCUGUGCCAUGGCCGGCGUGGCACUUGGCCCCUUUCCCGACUACAAGUCAAGUAUACUCAUGGGCUCAGCAGCUGAGUUGUGGGAAUUUGGAGAUCCUCAGAGCAAUAACUCGCAACGAUUUGAGGCUUGCCUCAAGCGCGUUGUUGAUUUUGGAGCUCGUAUUACGUUCGUAGGCAGUAUUGAUGACCAGCUUGUUCCCAUGGAGUCUGCUGUAUACUCGCCUGCGAACCAUCCUUACAUCUACCGCGCCGUGUUCAUUGACGGUCGGGUGCAUGCUCCGGAUUUCAUAUCACAUCUUAUCGGGUUCGCACUCAAACUGCGUAAUUUAGGAAUAUCAGAUCAUGGCCUCAUCCGUGAGCUGUCUGCGGCCCUUGCUGGAUCGCUAUACUCGGGCGAAGGCCACUCACGCCUCUAUUUCGAUUCAGCUGUAUAUGAUCUUGCCAUCAUGCACGCCCUGGAAACGACCAGCACGACACAACCAACGCCCUGUGUGAUCCCAAAGCGAGAGACGACGCCUUUGGCGUCAUCGAAUCCAUAUGUCCUACCAUGGAUUAUGCGAGGUCUCUUAGAAGAGGAUUUCGUCAAGACGCAGCUCAGCGCUGAAACGGAGGAGCUACUGCGACAAUUCGACGACUGGAAGCCAACCAAUAAAGCCCUCAAGGACGUAAAGUACCGUCUCGAGGUUGUUCGUUCCAAACUAUGA